UCAAGGCUACCAUGCUGUCGAGGUCCAACGUUUCUUCUCAAAUUCAAACACCAUAUUACCUUUUCGAUUUUCAUAUACGAAAAUCUAUGUGUCUAAAACAUUUAUUAGAUUGUGAAAUUAGAAGAAAUUAUCGAGAAUAAUGCCGAAGGGAAAGAAGAAAGGAGGGAAGGGAAGAGUAUCCCAGCCACCAAGUGAUGAUGAGUAUGAUACUGCUGAUAACGUCAGUACAGUCAGUGUCCAGUCUGAGGAACGCACUAGCAUUCCAGAAGAAGAUGGUGUGGAUGAAGCAAGUGCUCAAGAAAACUUUGAAGACAAGCUGAAGGAAUGUAUAGAAGGAAUUCUACAGAAAAGUGCCCAGGGGAGAAAAUCUUGUCUGGAGGGGUUGACUAAAGCACUAAGCAAAAAAUGCAUUGCAGAGUUCCUUCUUGACAGGAAAAUGACAGUGACUGAUUGCCUAGUGAGAUGCAUAAAGAAAGGAAGAGGUGACGAGCAGGCUCUCGCUGCACAGUGUCUUAGUUUGAUGUGCAUACAGUUGGGACUUGACAUUGAAGAAGAAAUCAAUACCAUUAAGCCACAGCUUAUGGCCACUAUGACAGACAACAGUGCAGCCGUCAAGGGGAGAGCUGAGUGUGCGCUGACAUUAGGAAUUUGUCAUUUUCUGGCUUGCAGUGACAUUGAUGAUGUUAUGAAGACCAUGGAUGCAUUGGAGAGUAUUUUCAAACUGUCAUACAGAAAGGGAGAUAAAAGCAUUCCCAACUUGAAUCCUGACUUGUGUCGACUACAUGCAACAGCUCUGAGUGCCUGGAGUCUAUUACUGUCCAUUGCUCCGUCAUUUCUAGUCAACAAACUUGUGGAAAGUCAUAUAGGAAAGCUUCCUGACCUACUACUUAGUAAAGAUGUAGAACUGAGAAUAACUGCUGGGGAAACAAUCGCACUUAUGUAUGAACUGGCUCGAGAAGAAGAUGAUGAGUUUGAAGGGGACGAUAUAGAUGAAUUGAUCGACACAUUGAAGACACUUGCCACCGACUCGCAGAAAUAUAGGGCCAAGAAAGAGAGACGUCAACAACGCUCUAGCUUUAGGGAUAUUCUCCGAACUGUGGAGAUGGGAGACUCACCCGAAAAUUGUGUGAAAUUUGGAAAGGAGAAUUUCUUGAUUGACUCCUGGGUAAAACAAAACCAAUAUGAUGCUUUGUGCUUAGCACUUACUUCAGGAAUCUACCAACACCUACAGGAUAAUAUCCUUAUACGAGAAGUGUUUGGUCUAGGCGAACCUCUUCUCCCCACAGCUCCUGGUUCCUCAUCUAAACCAACAAAGUGGGAAAGAGCUCACUACAAUGCUGCUGUAUUUAAGGCCAGGACAAAAGUGAGGUCCAAACACAGAGACAAGCGAACUGUGAUGAUUAACGGAAAUUAACCAGACAUCUCUGCUGUGUACGACUGUGAGACUGACUGAUUAUUUAUGUAUAAAUGUACAGACUAAAAUCUCGCUAAUAAUUGUAAUGUUAGGCCUAUCCUCUCAACUAGUGCUCUGCUGACCAUAACAAAACAGAAGGUUUUAUAUGAUCAGCAGUCAGAACAGGUACAAAAGGCCGUGAUUUCUAAUCAGAUUGUAAAUAUUAAUAUCUUUAUUAUUUGUAUAUGAUGAAAUGAAAGUUGAAUGUAUACUGUGUUAUAAUGUAAGUGUGAUUUUAUGAAGGUUUUAAAGUGCUAGUGAGAAAUUAAGAAUACUUUUGAAUUGUGGAUUAUUAUGUAUCCCCAUUAGUUUGUGGAGAAGAUGAUUUGCUGGAUCAUUCAUCAUUUGUGUACCUUGUGGUAAUUUUUAACACAUUUUUGUUACCUUUUUGAUUGUAUGCUGUACUCAAUGCAAUCAAUGGUUAGUGCUUUUUACACCAGUUCUAGCUCCAUGUUUAGUUGAGGGAUGAGUUGUAUUGUUUGUUGUAAAGAAAACGAGAUAAAUUCUGACUAUCAAAUUAAAACCUGUUUUCUGUCGAGACUUGACGAUGUUAACCAAUAUCUUAUUGAAGUUUUGAUAAAGAUAAUCAAUGAAUGAAUCGAAUAUUUCUGUUUAAAAAAAAUUAUACAAAAUGUUUUUAUCAACACCAGGCAUUGUUUUAUAUAUUAACAAAGGAAAAGAAAGCUGAAAAAUCAAUAAACAGUUUACCGGGAUACAAGUGAACAUGAAAACCUUUAAAACUAAGGUAUUUUCUUGAAAUUUGAAUGUAGAGAGCUAGUGACAACUGUGUUGGUAGUUGUGAUAUUAUCAUAAUGUGUAUUUACAAUAUAAAGAUAUACUUUUUACUCUGUUGUUGUGGUAAUUUCAUCGGUUCAGGAGAAACAGACUUACGCUCAUCACAAUUGAAAAGACUAUGAAAUAUCAUUUUACGGUGGAGGCGUUAUAUUAAUCUGAUAAUGAGCUUUUAUCAAGAGUUCAGGAAAUCUUGUAUAUUUAUUGUAAACAAAAUUUAUAAAAUGUCAUAAAGGCACAACUAAGGAUUAGAUGUUGAUCUCUUAAUCCAUUUACAGAUUUUACCUUCAACCAUGACAAAAAGGAUGAAAAGUUGGAUUUUUGUCUGACUCAUCCAUUCUGAAAUAACGGCAAUGGUUUUGGGAUAUUAAGGGCCUUUCAGGGGAUGCAUUUAAGUGAAAACGCUAUUGUUACAUGACAGGGAGCUUAUGCCCGCCAUUUUCAAACCAAUUCCGGAUUAGGUGUGGAUGUAGAGAGAUAGUUUUGUAGCUGUUUAGACACAGGGGUACUUCACAGAUGAUAUAUCUCCACUUAUUUAUAUAUAACUCCAUUUACAUUUGUUAAGAGUUUUGAUUGAAUAUAUGAAAAUUGUGUGAAUUCAAGAAUGUUUGCUUUUGAUAAUUUUGCUUCUAGGGUAAAAAAAAAAAACAAGAUGGGAUUUAAUUCUUAUUUAUGGUGAUGCAGUCUUGACUGUUUGUGUAUGCGAGAUAGUCAGAAAAUAAAGUUUAUGUUGAGAACAUUUUGGUUUUUGUAGGAUUUACAACACCAUUACAAACUGCCAUGUCUAAUUAUUUGAUGUUUACUGUUUGUGUGUAAAAAUGCAAUCCUAUCAAGAUGAAUGGGACAUGAUUUUUGAUAUCCGAGUCAAAGUUUGAUUUUGAAUGUUAUGGAUUAUAUCUGAACUUUUACGAUGUCUGUGUAAAAUCUGCAGAUAGGGCAUACUCUUGGAAAUGUCCUGUAUCAGUAUGAUAUUUUUGAAACCGUGUGUAGCUAAGUCUUCACAAAUCUGGACUGUAUAUUACAGACUUCGAUAAAUAAAUAAAAAAAAUCUGAAACA